CUUCCGUCUUUCGUUCAUCUCAUUCCACUCUUUCUCUCAUUUGUUCUUGAUUCCUACCAUCGCUCAUGUAUCAACAACCCGUCUUGUACUAUUCUUCUAUUCCACUCCUUCUAGCAGCCAUAUUCUUCUGCCCUAUCACUUCUUGAUUAUAUUUUUUAAUUAUUAUUUUUUUAUCUCGCACAUCUUACCUGGAAGUCGAUGUUGCUUACCUCCCGUUCGCCUUCGGUCGGGCAGCAACCACAGCAACAGCGCUUGCACCAACAUUCUUCCUCAGGGACGCAACCGCAACAGCAUCAGCUUCAUCAUCACCAUGCAUCAUCUUCACACCAUCACCAUAGCCGCCAGGGCAGCAAUGGACUGUCCUCGUCAAGCUCUUCAUCCUCCUCCAGUCCGAAACGCUUCAACUACAAUCAGGACGAAAGCACCAUUACUAUCGAGGAAUAUGAGGAACUUUUGAGCUCUGAAGUGUGGGUCGAAGUCCCCAAGCUGCGAGAGUAUGCUCGCCAUGGCAUCUCACGAGAAGUGCGAGGAGAGGUAUGGCUCUAUUUACUUGGAGUGAAUGACGCGGACCGAUCGAAGGAGAUGUCGGUUCAGAAACAAAGAGUACAGGAAUUCGAGCAGCUGGAUAAGGAACCUAGCGAGUCCUCGAAACGAGUCCGGGGAGAGAUCUCGCGGUAUCUGCGUAAGACUAAGAUUGAGUCCAGCAGAGACAUUCCUAGAUUGUUUGAGGAAGUCAUUAGCGCCUACUGCAACCAGAACCAUCAGGUCGAAUAUUACCCCGCGAUGGUGAACCUGUGCGCACCGUUUGUGUAUUCCAUCAAGAGCGAGUGGGAUGCAUACCUAUGCUACGAGAGAGUGAUCAACAUGCUAAAUGAACACUACAGUGAAGAGAGCAUCAAUGAAGCGGUGGCAAAGUUCAUGACGCUCUUCCAUACCUGCAUUCCGGACUUGUACAGCUAUUUCGAAGAGGAAGAAGUCGACAUUAAGGAAUGGGCGGCCUCUGCGCUACAAUUUGUUCUGUCAAGGGAGCUGCCGCUCGAGAACACGAUGCGGCUGUGGGACACGUACUUUGCAAUUCCGGAUGCUGGUUGGAUCACCUUGCAUCCUUACGCCUGUCUUGCGAUUCUAAAGCACCUGAAAGAGGGAUUCGAGGAUUUGGAGCAGUCGGAAAUCAGGACUAUGCUGAUGCAAUUACCAAACUUGGAUAUGGAUAGAAUUAUCAACGAGGCGUUCAACCUGCGACAUGAGAUCUUAGAGCGACAAAUCUCGGAUGAUGGAUUGUAAAUACAGCGCUUGUGAAUGCAAUAAAUGAAUAAAGGGACUGGCGUACACUAUUAAA